AUGCACUCUGUGACUGUUUUUCCCCACCAGGAGGACUAUGGACCGUGGGCUGAACCGGGUGAAGAACAGGACAAUGACAUGGACUGGACAACCCAAAGCCCUACGAGAACCAGGCCCACAACAACCACUGGCCCACCCAGCCUCCCCUUGCCUGGUAUCAGAACCACCACCCCUUUUGUCCAGAGGAGAACCACCACACCAGGCACUCCAUCCAGGACCACUCAAUCCAACCGAGCGCAGACGUCCACGGAGCCGAGUGAGAGGUACUACACCACAACCAGAGCACCAGAGGGGGCCGUCUCGGCAGGCAGCAGAGGCAGGGGGAGAACCCAGAAGUAUACCACUACAGCGACCACUCUGCCAUCACGCACUGAUGACAUCACCACUUCGUCAACCAGGACGGAGAAGGGCAGAGGGGUGGCGCGUCCUGUGACCGUCCCAAGCGGCAAAGGCAGCGGUGUUUCCAUGGCUACCCCUCUCCCGGAAAGCCGGAACGUGGCCACUUCCGCCCCCUUCCUCUCUCAGGGAGAACCACCACGGCCUACAAGUCCCAGCAUGCCCUUGUUUUCAUCCACUGCCUCCUCCUUCGGCGGGGUACUCUCGCAGACCACACAGCCGGUGUUCAACGGUGAGAUCCUCCCCUCCACCCUCCCUGUGUGUGACACGUCGACCCCUGGAAACCCCGGCUCCACCCCUAGCAACGACCCCACCUCCUGCCUGCAUGCCCCUCCCUCGUCUAGACCCCUGUCGUCUGUGAGCAGGCGGGACUCCCUGCAUGCUGCUACAGCACUGUUGUCUAGUGGUGACUCAUACGUCACUACCUCCCCCACCCUGUCUCUCCUCCCUCACCCCUCACACCCCCUGUCUGGUUGGGAGACAGUCGUCUCUCAUGGUGUUGGUGAUGAUGAUGUGUCGUCUGGUUCUUCGUCCGUGGCCUCGGGUGACCCCCCAAUGUUUAGUGACACUCACCCCCUUCAAACCUUACCUGACUCUCCCACUGAGCGGGACCUGUCUAAGCUAGCCUUCAGACCUCUCCCUGCAACCUCUCUCUCCCUGCAGCCUUCUCUUCUCCUCUCUAGUGACUUCUCUCUGUCCGGGGCCACCCCGGGCCUCACUGGCUCUGUAUCUGGCGGGCUGGGGGACUCUAGUUACGCUACAGGCCGUGUAGUAGAGUCUUGUCUGGAGGGUGUCGUCGGUGGUGGUGGUGGUGAUGUUGGGUUCACGGUAGCUAGCGAUGGCGUGGAGUCGUUGUGUACCUGCUCUCUGGAUGGCUUCUCAUCCUCCUCCUGGUUGCAUGCCUCUCCUCACCUCCCCCUUCCCACGUCUGACUGGGGGGCGGCUAGCCUAGCGCUCUACUCCUCCGGUAGUGACUUAGACCAUCUCCUCCAUUCAUCUAUGGCGGGCUUCACCAACCCGUCUGGAGGUCAGCCUCUCUCCUCCUCCUCCUCCUCCUCCUCCUCUUCCCCUGUUCCUCCUCAUCCUCCUCUCUCCGGUUCCCAUAGUGACCUGCUCGUUUCUGUUACAGCCACACCGUCCGGCUCCGAGGACCGCCGAACCUUGGCCCCAUCCUCCUCCUCCACAGCCUCCCCCCUCACCCCCACCCUCCUCCCUGACCUGCAGACGGUAGACAGUAGUGCCUCUGGCUCGAACCUGUCGGGAGAAGCCCAAGAGGAGCUAGAUGAGGAGUGGGACAAGGUUCAGAGUUCAGCCUCGGGGGAGGGCGCCCUCCCUUACAUCCCCACCUUCACCCCCUCACUCACCUCUGAAGCCACCGCCUCUCCCAACAUCGACACAGAAGAACGCUCCUUGUCGUUCUACUUUGAGAGCGAGAGCGGCAGUGCCGUCACCAUGGAUACAGCGGGGAGCACGCCGACAGUUUCUGGGGUAACCGCGGCGGCGCCCUGGUCGCUAGGUGGGGAGGUGGAGAGUGGCUCGGGGCAGGGUGAGAGCCUGUACGACAACGAGACGUCCUCAGACAUCACUAUCACCGAGCGCACAGAGAGAGACUCUGAGGAGGAGGAGCCAGUUGCAGGUAAAGAACCAUCCACAAGGGGGCAACAUCUCCUCGUACAUCAAGGCAAGGCACAGUGCUGCGCCUGUCGGAUUGCGGAAAACUACAGCUCCCAUGAUGCCAAUGCAACAGGAAAUACUUUGGAAUUUAGGAGACACAUCACCUAACACACCACCAAAUCCUGUGUGUGUGUGUGUGUGUGUGUGUGUGUGUUCACCGUCAUGGCCUUUCUGCUUUCUAUAACAUUUUCACAAUCAAGUCCACAGGCAUCAUAAUUUCAGUGUUCUUUGUUACGUGUUUUGUGUUAUAUCCAUUAACAUUAACAUGCACAUGCACAUGCCUUUGUCUCAAUUGUGUAUUGUAACAUCAUGUGAAGAACCCCAUUGGGUGUAGCACUUCAUCUCCAGCAGAGGGCAGCAGAUCUCUUCCCAAUCCCAACUCGCACCGAAACAGAUAUGUAGUUAGCCUUAGCAGACCACGAGAGGUCUAAUGUCCCCUUUUACAGUCUAUGUAAUUCACAAAUCAUUGAGACAGUCUCAGGGCCCCUGUCCAAAUCUUUUGUGAUUGGUGACCUUGAAGAUCCUGUAUAAUAUCCCAUAUAUCUGUCCACAUCCAGACCCCAGACAAGAAAACUAAUUUAAUAGAAAGUCCAUCUGCAUUCAAGCCUUUGCAAUAGAAGUGUAGUUUUGCCAAUAGGUUUUUAUGGUAUCCGCUCAUUGAGAGCCCCAUAGAUAUAAGCCAUUGUGUGCGUCAAGCUUUGAGCCAUUGUCAUGAACUAACCUGUAGUGCAUGUUAACUUUGUGAAAGCAUUUGUGUUCACUUUCAUCCGUAUCGUUGUCGCCAUUGUAUAUGGGUUAAAGAAGUAGCCAUAGGUUUAGAUUUGUUAGCUGAAUGGGUAUGAAGAUGUUAAAGCGAAUGUCUACUGUAGCGUUUAAAAUGUAAGUUAACAAGGUUACGUAGUUCAAGGAGGGGCUCUAUAUUACUCUAUGUAUUAGAACUGGAAGGUAAGUUGGAUGAGUAUGUGGAUUGAUUUACUAUUGGAAGUGUUUGUCAGUCAAUGUGUUGUAGUUGAAUGAGUGAAUGAUAUGUUGUGGGAGUUGUGUUGUGUUUCUCAAUAGUCAAAAGUAGAUAUCUCCUCAUCUGUUCUUCCCCCUCCAACGCUUACAGAGGCCAGUAACAGCAGCCAUGAGUCCAGGGUGGGUCUGGCCAGGGAGAGAGAGAGGAGGGCCGUGGUCCCUCUGGCAGUGGUCUCCACCCUCACCAUCCUGGGACUCAUCGUCCUGCUGGGAAUCCUCGUCUACUGGAGGUAAGAGGGAGGAGCAGGAGAAGGAGGUGGAGGUGGAGGAGGUGGAUAUGGAGGAGUAGGUGGAGGAGGAGAGGAGGAGUUUGGAGGAGGUGGAGAUGGAGGAGGAGGAAGAAGUGGUGGAGGAGAGGAGGAGUAGGUGGAGGAGGAGGAUUAUAUCCAUAAUGAUGAUUAUUAUAAGAUCCGUAAUGAUUAGAUCCAAUGAUGAUGAAUAUUAUGGUGAUGAUGUUGAGAAAUCCUCUCCCAUCGAUUCCCCCUGACCCCACGCAUCAUCUGUUUAAUCUGACAGCUAAGCUACAUGAACAACAGCUUUCUUUCUGCAUUGAUAGGCUCCACACACAUACUGACACCAUUAAGCCUUCUGCCUCCCUAUGGGACAGCUGUGUGGAACUGCCGCAGGGCUGAUACCUGUCAUAUUGUUAUUCAUCUGUCUCAGAGGAGUGGGUCUGUUUCGUCCCCAGACACGGGGCACUGCCGCCCCAGACAUCAGGAGGCACGGGUGGAGCGAGGCGGGGGUAGCAGAGGGGGAGCGAGGUUGACCUUAAGAACCACAUAUUUGUCUGUCUCACUGUGAGACCUAAUCUCCUCUGACACGGGCCCAAUCUCCUUCUCACUCUCACACACUUCCCCAUGACACAUCCAAUAUCUUCAACAGGGUUUCGGUUUGAGGUCUGGCUUUUCACAUUAGCUUUGAUGUGUCUGGGUAGAUUCACUUACACAUAACUGCCAUCAUUCAGAGUUGCCCGUCUCUAGUUAUAAAGACAUUUUGCCCAUACUGUGAGAUCAUAGAAAAAUACUACUUUUCACUGUGGCAGCAAACUGAAUGGUUGGACAGUUAAAUAACCAACAUUGGCAAUCCGAUCAAGAACACGUUAUCAGAAAUGUAAACACUUUAGCUGCAUAAGACUGUACAUUUCUCAUCCACUGGGCUGGAGACGUGACAUAUUGUUCAUGUUUUCUGCCCUGUUAUUGUAUUUUCAUGUUAAGCCUGUAAUAAUCUUGGUGCCGAUGAGGGAUUAAAGCUAAGAGAUGUUCCUCACUCAGAGUGUAGAGCGUUGAGCUUGGGGCUCAGGGUCGUACAGUGGUUGGGGAACAGGGCCUUGGGUGGGGUAGGAGGGGGAACAGGGCCUCGGGGUCGUACAGUGGUUGGGGAACAGGGCCUUGGGUGGGGUAGGAGGGGGAACAGGGCCUCGGGGUCGUACAGUGGUUGGGGUACAGGGCCUUGGGUGGGGUAGGAGGGGGGAACAGGGCCUCGGGGUCGUACAGUGGUUGGGGUACAGGGCCUUGGGUGGGGUAAGAGGGGGAACAGGGCCUUGGGUGGGGUAGGAGGGGGGAACAGGGCCUCGCGUGGGGUAGGAGGGGGAACAGGGCCUUGGGGUCGUACAGUGGUUGGGGAACAGGGCCUUGGGUGGGGUAGGAGGGGGAACAGGGCCUUGGGUGGGGUAGGAGGGGGAACAGGGCCUCGGGGUCGUACAGUGGUUGGGGAACAGGGCCUUGGGUGGGGUAGGAGGGGGAACAGGGCCUUGGGUGGGGUAGGAGGGGGAACAGGGCCUCGGGGUCGUACAGUGGUUGGGGAGCAGGGCCUUGGGUGGGGUAGGAGGGGGAACAGGGCCUUGGGUGGGGUAGGAGGGGGAACAGGGCCUAGGGUGGGGUAGGAGGGGGGAACAGGGCCUAGGGUGGGGUAGGAGGGGGAAACAGGGCCUAGGGGUGGGGUAGGAGGGGGAAACAGGGCCUCGGGUGGGGUAGGAGGGGGGAAACAGGGCCUAGGGUGGGGUAGGAGGGGGAAACAGGCCUCGGGUGGGGUAGGAGAGGGGAACAGGGCCUCGGGUGGGGUAUGGGGGGGAACAGGGGGGGGGGAAGGGGGAAACAGGGCCUCGCGUGGGGUAGGAGGGGGGGAACAGGGCCUCGCGUGGGGGUAGGAGGGGGGAACAGGGCCUCGCGUGGGGGUAGGAGGAGGGGAACAGGGCCUCGCGUGGGGUAGGAGGGGGGAACAGGGCCUCGCGUGGGGUAGGAGGGGGGAACAGGGCCUCGCGUGGGGUAGGAGGGGGGAACAGGGCCUCGCGUGGGGUAGGAGGGGGGAACAGGGCCUCGCGUGGGGUAGGAGGGGGGGAAAGUGCCUGCGCCUCAUUAUGUCUGACAUGAAGGCUUCGUGUCAGCGUCUUGUAAGAUGAGUGGCGCGAGGCUGAAUUGCAGUAAUCCCCUCCGUGUCGCGUCCUUGUACUUCCUCCGGUGACACUGCUCAUUUGGCCACCCCACAGCUGUGCACUUGGGGUUAGCAAAGUGGGGACGUCUUUUAGAAACGCACACAUGUAAUCUACUGGGGACAUCUCUUUGCUGUUUUUUUUUGAGUAAUCUGUGAGGUGAUGUCCAUUUUUGGGUAGCUGAGCACAGGUUCAUCAGAAAGACAUGCAGUGGUGUUCCUGUUAAAAACCUUUCCCGAAUUAGAAGGAACAUCUUUUUUCCUGUGUUGCGGACAGAUUACCAUGUUCUCCAACAUUGGUGGUUGACUUUGUAUGUUCAAAAACAACAACAAAAGCAUUUUUAGGCCUUUCUUAUCUCCGUUGUAUUUCUUUACAUCUUAAAAAUAUAUCUACAGUUGUUUUUAUUACAUUUACACAAGCAUUACUCAAAUAUUAUUAUGUGUUUUUGUCACAGAAUUUUCAACACACAUUUUUCACCAAAUGAGAACAACGCAUACAAAUCCCUCAUUUGUGUUAGAUGGAAAAAAGCAAUAUCUUUUUUGUACCAGAAGUAUAAUAGAAAAGGCAAUAUGUCACGAAGACAGAAGAAACUGGCAACACCUGCUGUUAUACAAGUGUAUUGUUGAUUAACUUGUAUCAUCGUACAUUUGUUUCCACAGGAAGUGUUUCCAGAUUGCCCAUUUCUACAUAGAGGACAACACAUCACCCAGAGUCAUAUCUGUUUCACCCAUACCCAUGCAUACAGCUACAGGUAACCAUUCUAUGAGACAAAGGGCUCUAUUCAAUCAGAUCCGAUUGAUCCGACAUCCGCAUAGCAGUUGUUUUGGCGGUGUCGGAGGUGGAACUGGGUUAGAGCUCCUGGCAUUAUACCGUAAGCGGACAUUGCCAUUGGCUGCACGGAGUCGCAUUAAGAGAAAUCCCAUGCAGCCUUGUUUACAAGUUGGAACACUAGAAUGUGAGAUGUAAUCUACACCUCCAUUAGGAUGAUAGAAAUCGUAUUUUAUUUUGUUUAAUGAUAUUCAAUUUGAGCGUCAUUAUUUCUAUAUAGCCUACACUUUCUCGUUCUGAACUUCUAACAUGAGUGGGACGGGUGUGGCUUCGUGACAAUGAUCAAGAGCAGCUGCUCACUGAUUUGACAGCUCCAACGCAGUUACACCUCCGACACCACCAAAACAUCAGCUAUGUGGGUGUCGGCUAUCGCCGGUUAACGCUUGACCUGUUCACCCAUGACUGCAUGGCCAGGCACGACUCCAACACCAUCAUUAAGUUUGCCGACGACACAACAGUGGUAGGCCUGAUCACCGACAAUGAUGAGACAGCCUAUAGGGAGGAGGUCAGAGACCUGGCCGUGUGGUGCCAGGACAACAACCUCUCCCUCAACGUGCUCAAGACAAAGGAGAUGAUUGUGGACUACAGGGAAAAAAAGAGGACUGAGCAUGCCCCCAUUCUCAUCAACGGGGCUGUAGUGGAACAGGUUGCGAGCUUCAAGUUCCUUGGUGUCCACAUCACCAACAAACUAUCAUGGUCCAAACACACCAAGACAGUCGUGAAGAGGGCAUGACAAAGCCUAUUCCCCCUCAGGAGACUGAAAAUAUUUGGCAUGGGUCCUCAGAUCCUCAAAAAGUUAUACAGCUGCACCAUCAAGAGCAUCCUGACUGGUUGCAUCACCGCCUGGUAUGGCAACUGCUCGGCCUCCGACCACAAGGCACAACAGAGGGUAGUGCGUAUGGCCCAGUACAUCACUGGGGCCAAGCUUCCUGCCAUCCAGGACCUCUAUACCAGGCGGUGUCAGAGGAAGGCCCUAAAAAUUAUCAAAGACUCCAGCCACCCUAGUCAUAGACUGUUCUCUCUGCUACUACACGGCAAGCUGUACCGGAGCGCCAAGUCUAGGUCCAAAAGGCUUCUUAACAGCUUCUACCCCCAAGCCAUAAGACUCCUGAACAGCUAAUCAUGGCUACCCAGACUAUUAAAAAAAAUAUAUUAUUCUUAAACUGCAUUGUUGGUUAUGAGCUUGUAAGUAAGCAUUUCACUGUAAUGUCUACACCUAUUGUAUUCGGCGCAUGUGGCAAAUAACAUUUGAUUUGAUUUGAUCUGAUUGAAUCUUGGCCGUACACACUUUCACAAACACACACACACACACACACACACACACCUUUUCCAUGGGGUCAACUAGAAUUCAUUAGAGUUGGCGUAAGAUAAAAGUGUUAACAAGCACAGAGACAUAUGGACAGGUGUUCUUUCCAUCUGUCCUUCCCUCUUCACCAAGCCUAGCUCUUUCAUUAACUCUACCUUACUCAACAUCUGCUUCCGCCAGAGUAGGAAGUUUCAAGCUUUUGUUCUGAUAAAAUAGUUUUGUUGAUGAUAUCAAUAACCUUUUCUCUCUGCCUUUAGAUGAACAUGAAGCCCUUCCGGUGAAGCAGUUUGUCGAGCACGUGACAGAGCUCCACGACACCAACGCAUUCUCCAGAGAGUUUGAGGUGUGCUGUCAAAUUCUGCUUCAGUUCUCUCACAGGAUAUGGUUGAUGACAACAAAUGACUAGUAUUACUUGGCAGCAUGUUUUAAUUUUACAACUGUCUGUCUUUAAUUUAGCUUUUCUGUAUGUAGCCUUCUUGCGAAACUGUUAUGUGUCAUCUGCGAUGUUACACGGUGGCUGUCAUUAUUUUAAGGUCAGCAUGCAGAAGACUUGUGGGAGACUUUGCACUGUGAUGGCCAUUCAAACUCACACUCUCUCUCUGCCUCAUGCUACAUGCUAUUGUAUGUCUCUGGCCCAGAUUCAUCUGAGGAGUCAUGUCUAUUGUCCUUACCACUGAGACUUACAAAUAUAUCAUAUUCAAUGCCAGUAGCAUACCACCCUGCAUCCCACUGCUAGCUUCCCUCUGAAGCUAAGCAGGGUCGGUCCCUGGAUGGGAGACCAGAUGCUGCUGGAAGUGGUGUUGGAGGGCCAGUAGCAUACCACCCUGCAUCCCACUGCCAGCUUCCCUCUGAAGCUAAGCAGGGUCGGUCCCUGGAUGGGAGACCAGAUGCUGCUGGAAGUGGUGUUGGAGGGCCAGUAGCAUACCACCCUGCAUCCCACUGCCAGCUUCCCUCUGAAGCUAAGCAGGGUCGGUCCCUGGAUGGGAGACCAGAUGCUGCUGGAAGUGGUGUUGGAGGGCCAGUAGCAUACCACCCUGCAUCCCACUGCCAGCUUCCCUCUGAAGCUAAGCAGGGUCGGUCCCUGGAUGGGAGACCAGAUGCUGCUGGAAGUGGUGUUGGAGGGCCAGUAGCAUACCACCCUGCAUCCCACUGCUAGCUUCCCUCUGAAGCUAAGCAGGGUCGGUCCCUGGAUGGGAGACCAGAUGCUGCUGGAAGUGGUGUUGGAGGGCCAGUAGCAUACCACCCUGCAUCCCACUGCUAGCUUGCCUCUGAAGCUAAGCAGGGUCGGUCCCUGGAUGGGAGACCAGAUGCUGCUGGAAGUGGUGUUGGAGGGCCAGUAGGAGACACUCUUUUCUCUGGUUUAAAAAAUAAUAUCCUAAUGCCUCAGGGCAGUGAUUGGGGACAUUGCCCUGUGUAGGGUGCUGUCUUUCAGAUGGGACGUUAAACGGGUGUCCUGACUCUUUGGUCACUAAAGAUUCCAUGGCACUUAUCGUAUGAGUAGGGGUGUUAACUCCGGUGCCGUGGCUAAAUUCCCAAUCUGGCCCUCAUACCACCUAAUCAUCCCCAGUUUCCUAAUGGCUCAUUCAUCCCCUCUCCUCCCCCUGUAACUAUUCCGCAGGUCGUUGCUGUAAAUGAGAAUGUGUUCUCAGUCAACGUACCUGGUAAAAUAAGGGUUCAAUAAAAUGCAGUGAUUGCUCAUGUUAAACUACAUAUUUACCAUUGCUUACCAUAUAAAUCCCAGCUUGGCAUUUUAUCAGUACUGUGUAAAUGCAUACAUGUGUAAAUGUUGUCAAUAACAAAAACAUAGGUUUGUAAGUUAAAGCUAAGGACAUUAACAUGGUACAUGGACUAAAUCCUGUUGCUCGCAUAAACAGUGAGAUUUGAGAUUUGCCCAUAAACCGUUUUCUUGUUAUUUAUUUGCACGUUUUUUGCUAACUAUGUGUCAUGAAAUUUCAUUGCUGUGCUUUUUGCAUUCCCCCCUCCCCGUUAGAUAUUGAAAGAGUGUUACGAGGUAAGCUAUAUCUCCCUUUUUUUCAUUUGAUUUUCUUUUUUUCUGUAGUAGUCGCGUGUAGAUGUUCGCCACAUUUCCAGCUGCCCAUGUUGACGUUUUUGUCGUGCAUGAUGACACAUUUAUGUUUGACUGCGUGGUAAGAGGAUGGUGGGAUUUAAGGUCACGUGUUUUUUUAGGAGGUGCAGGCGUGCACGGUGGACCUGGGUAUCACCACAGACGGCUCCAACCAUCCAGACAACAAGAACAAGAACCGAUACAUCAAUAUCCUGGCCUGUAAGUCAAACAUGCACCUUCAAACACAUGUACACACACAUACAUUCUUGAAUGCACCCAGCUUAUCUUUCCUCAUCUACUCCUAGAUGACCACAGCCGAGUAAGGCUCUCAACCCAAGCUGACAAAGAUGGGAAGAGUGGAGAUUACAUUAACGCAAACUACAUUGACGUAAGCAAUUCUCUUGCAUUUCUCUCUGUGCACAAUAGUGGAAAAGGACCUGUAAGUAAGCAUUUCACUGUUAGUCUACACCUGUUGUUUUACGAAGCAAGUGACAAAUACAAUUUGAUUUGAUUUGUUAUGAGGGCAAAUGUCUUGUUGAUAUAUAUAUCUGUUGUUCACUCUUCAUUUUUCUUUCCCUCCCUCCCUCCCUCCCUCCCUCCCCUCCACCCCUCCCUCCCCUCCACCCCUCCCUCCCCUCCACAGGGUUUCAACACGUCCAAGGCCUACAUUGCAGCCCAGGGCCCUCUCAAGUCCAGCACUGAGGCCUUCUGGAGGAUGGUGUGGGAACAGAACGUGGGCGUCAUCAUCAUGAUUACCAACCUUGUGGAGAAGGGACGGGUGAGAAAGCAGGGCCAUUAUAACGGCUUAUACAUGCUAUAAAUGCUGAAGGAUUGUAAUGUUGUAAUGCUUGAACAUAUUUAGUAAUAGUUCAUAAAUAGUUUAUUAAUGCUUAUUCGUGAAAGUAUUCAAAAAUGUUUGGUCGUGUAUGUCAGAGGAAGUGCGACCAGUACUGGCCCCUGGAGAGCCAGGAAGAGUACGGUGGUUUCCUGGUGACGGUGAAGAGCAGUAAGGUUCUGGCCCACUACACCCAGAGAACCUUCACCAUCAGGAACACCAAGGUCAAAAAGGUCGGAGGUCACACUAUUUACAUCACAUUUACCUCCUAAUAGUUUCACCUCUACUUCCUCACUGUAUCAUCUACUUCGGUUGCACCUCCCCUGCAAGUUAGUUGAAGCGCUGCCUCAUUACUACUUCUGAACAUUUCUUAUGGAACUACGAAUCCCAAGUGUCACAUUGACAGCCAUUUUGUGUCUGAUCCUGCUUACCACUUCCUUUUUCCUCCCACCAACUCCCAGGUUUCUCUGAAGGGGCGGAUUAACGAGCGGACCGUGACCCAGUACCACUACACUCAGUGGCCAGACAUGGGCGUGCCGGAGUACACUCUGCCCGUGCUCACCUUUGUCCAGAAGUCCUCCAAAGCCAGGACAGAUGACAUGGGGCCUAUCGUAGUGCACUGCAGGUAGGAGGCCAUAGAUAUAUAGUACCAGUCAAAAGUUUGGACAUACCUACUCAUUCCAGGGUUUUUCAUUAUUUUUACUAUUUUCUACAUUGUAGAAUAAUAGUGAAGACAUCAAAACUAUGAAAUAACACAUAUGGAAUCAUGUAGUAACCAAAAAAGUGUUAAACAAAUCAAAAUAUAUUUUAUAUUUGAGAUUCUUCAAAGUAGCCACUCUUUGCCUUGAUGACAGCUUUGCACACUCUUAGCAUUCUCCCAACCAGCUUCAUGAGGUAGUCACUUGGAAUGCAUUUCAAUUAACAGGUGUGCCUUGUUAAAAGUUAAUUUGUGGAAUUUCUUUCCUUCUUAAUGUGUUUGAGCCAAUUAGUUGUGUUGUGAAAAGGUAGGGGUGGUAUACAGAAGAUAGCCCUAUUUGGUAAAAGACCAAGUCCUCUUCUCUUGAAUACCCGGUGAGUUCCAGACAUGUUUGUUCAUACGUUGAAUGGUUCCAGCGCUUUAAAAACCUAAUCUACUCUUAAACUUGGAACAGCAUCCACCACGACUGUGAACAGUGUAGACAAUGAGAACUUUUUUACAUUUCAGGUUGGAUUUCUACCAGCACUCAACCUCAACAUUGUCACUUUCAAUAGAACAUUUAGCAAAAUGCCUGCACACUUGAACCCCUCCUGGGUGGACCUGGGUAUCACCACAGACGGCUCCAACCAUCCAGACAACAAGAACAAAAACCGAUACAUCAAUAUCCUAGCCUGUAAGUCCAUAUUAUGGCAAGAACAGCUCAAAUAAGCAAAGAGAAACGACAGUCCAUCAUUACUUUAAGACAUGAAGGUCAGUCAGUCCGGAAAAGUUCAAGAACUUUGAAAGUUUCUUCAAGGCAGUCUCAAGAACCAUCAAGCGCUAUGAUGAAACUCGCUUCCAUUAGGACCACCACAGGAAAGGAAGAUCCAGAGUUACCUCUGCUGCAGAGAAUAAGUUCAUUAGAGUCACCAGCCUCAGAAAUUGCAGCCCAAAUAAAUGCUUCACAGAGUUCAAGUAACAGACACAUCUCAACAUCAACUGUUCAGAGGAGACUGCGUGAAUCAGGCCUCAUGGUCAAAUUGCUGCAAAGAAACCACUACUAAAGGACACCAAUAAGAAGAAGAGACUUGCUUGGGCCAAGAAAUACGAGCAAUGGACAUUAGACCGGUGGAAAUCUGUCCUUUGGUCUGAUGAGUCCAAAUGUGAGAUUUUUGAUUCCAACCGCCGUGUCUUUGUGAGACGCAGAGCAGGUGAACGGAUGAUCUCCGCAUGUGUGGUUCCCACCAUAAAGCAUGGAGGAGGUGUGAUGGUGUGGGAGUGCUUUGCUGGUGACACUGUCUGUGAUUUAUUUAGAAUUCAAGGCACACUUAACCAGCAUGGCUACCACAGCAUUCUGCAGCGAUACGCCAUCCCAUCUGGUUUGCGCAUAGUGGGACUAUCAUUUGUUUUUCAACAGGACAAUGACCCAACACACCUCCAGGCUGUGUAAGGCUAUUUGACCAAGAAGGAGAGUGAUGGAGUGCUGCAUCAGAUGACCUGGCCUCCACAAUCCCCCGACCUCAACCCAAUUGAGAUGGUGUGGGAUGAGUUGGACCGCAGAGUGAAGGAAAAGCAGCCAACAAGUGCUCAGCAUAUGUGGGAACUCCUUCAAGACUGUUGGAAAAGCAUUCCAGGUUAAGCUGGUUGAGAGAAUGCCAAGAGUGUGCAAAGUUGUCAUCAAAGCAAACGGUGGGUACUUUGAAAAAUCUAAAAUAUAUUUUGAUUUGUUUAACACUUUUUUGGUUACUACAUGAUUCCAUAUGUGUUAUUUCAUAGUUUUGAUGGCUUCACUAUUAUUCUACAAUGUAGAAAAUUGUAAAAGUAAAGUAAAACCCUGGGUAGGUAGGUGUGUCCAAACCUUUGAUUGGUACUGUAGAAUGAACUUGUGUAUAUAUAUAUAUAUAUAUAUGCAUAGAUAUGUAGAAUGUAUAGAACAGCUUUAAAAUCAAUGCCAUUUGUAUCAACUGAAAUUCCAUUUAAAUUCAGUCAAUAAAUGUUUUAUCUUCUUCUAUACAUGAAUGUUUCAAUUCAGGAAGUAAAUUUACAUUCCGACCGGCAUAGAAAUAUAAUAACAUGGACAUGGUCCUCCAUUAUGUCACUUAGCAGCCACUUUACAUUCACAUUUACAUUUACGUCAUUUAGCAGACGCUCUUAUCCAGAGCGACUUACAAAUUGGUGCAUUCACCUUAUAGCCAGUGGGCUUUCACCUGGACAGCUGAGAAGUUCAACAUGAAACAUUAUUUAAUGGAGAACUAAAGUGGAAUUUAAAAUACCAGGAUUCAGAAUAUAUUGUGAACCUCUCUUGUGUGUGUGUGUGUGUUUCCAGUGCUGGCGUUGGCAGGACUGGUACCUACAUAGUGUUGGAUAGCAUGCUGAAGCAGAUCAAAGAAGAGGGCACGGUCAACAUCAUGGGCUUCCUCAAACACAUCCGCACACAGAGGAACUACCUGGUACAGACAGAGGUGAGCGUCCAGGUGGGCGGGGUUUGCACUUUUGGGACUGUUCUAUUGGUGCCAUUGUGCCAGGAAAGCUCCAUCAAAUGCAGCUAAAGUAUUUUAAAGAAUACUAUUUGAACCCAGGUCUGAUACCAACAAGAAAAUAGUGGAUCCACUACAGUAAGAUUAGUUGUCCUGUCACCUUACCAGAACAGUAUGAAUGACAACACCCAACUAAGGCUUUCAAUCCCUACUUUCCCUGUGCAUUCAGGAGCAGUAUGUGUUCAUCCACGACGCCCUAGUCGAGGCUAUCUUGGGCAAGGAAACGGAGGUUCCCUCCAGCCGCAUUCACAGCUACGUCAAUGACCUCCUGACCCCAGGGCCCUCCGGCAGGACGCGGCUAGAGAAACAGUUUAAGGUAAGGACACAUGCUAUUAACAAGUCAUAGUGCUAGUAUUGGCAUUCACUGUAGAUUUACAAUGGUAAACCCGAGUGGCGCAGUGGUCUAAGGAUCCUGUCGUAGCCGGCCGCGACCGGGAGACCCAUGGGGCGGCGCACAAUUGGCCCAGUGUCAUCCAGGGUAGGGGAGGGAAUGGCCGGGCAGGGAUGUAGCUCAGUUGGUAGAGCAUGGCGUUUGCAACGCCAGGGUUGUGGGUUCGAUUCCCACAGGGGGCCAGUAUAUAAAAAUAAUGUAUGCACUAACUGUAAGUCGCUCUGGAUAAGAGCGUCUGCUAAAUGACUAAAAUGUAAAAAAAAUGUAAAAUGUAAACAUUCCAUAAGAACUCCAGUAGGACAUAAAGGGCAGACAUACAUUUGGAGAACAAUAAGUCUAUCGGUUGCCUUUCUUUGUCCUCUGAAAAGACCAGGUGCAACCGCUGGCACAUUUUGAAACAUUAACCGUUAAUCUGCCCCUUGGUUCCAAUAUGAUUACAGCUGAUAUCCUCGUCCAAUGCCAAACAGUGCGACUACUCGGCAGCCCUGAAAGAGUGUAACAGAGAGAAGAACAGAAACUCCUCUUUAAUACCCGGUGAGUUCCAGACAGGUUUGUUCAUACGUUGAAUGGUUCCAACACUUUAAAAACCUCCUCUUAAACUUGGAACACCAUCCACCACGACUGUGAACAGUGUAGACAAUGAGACCUUUUUUACAUUUCAGGUUGGAUUUCUAUCAGCACUCAACCUCAACAUUGUCACUUUCAAUAGAACAUUUAGCAAAAUGCCUGCACACUUGAACCCCUCCUAACUAAAACUGUUAUAAAAAAAAUUAAAGCAAAAAAGUUAUUUGAGAGCAUGAACCUUGAGAGGCACAUUUUGCUCUUGUUUGGUGUAAGGCAAAUGUCUGACAAAAUCAUGUUAUGUAGGUAAAGCAAUGGUAAUGGUUUAGUAAUGCUAAUCGGAUAAAGCUAAUAAUUCUAAUAGUAAUAUUCUACAAAAUUACAUUCUGUAUACCUUAAGAGGAAGUUUAACAAUGUGUGGCUUUGUCUCCAGUUGAAAGGUCGCGGGUGUGUCUGUCCACGGUGGCGGGAGAAACUACAUCAGACUACAUCAACGCCUCAUACCUCACGGUAAGAACCCAACCCUUCUAGAUAGAAAAGUCACAGUGACAGAUACUAACUACAUAGUUACACAUUGUAACACAUUUCCAGUAAAUUUCACUUUUGGAUUCCUGUCCAAAUUGCCGAUCGGAUUCAGGUCUCAAUGUUCUACCACCGGCUGUGUUUUCCAGGGGUACCGGCAAAGCACUGAGUUCAUCGUGACCCAGAACCCGCUGGCCGGCACAGUGACAGACUUCUGGAGGAUGAUCUGGGAUCACAAUGCUCAGGUCAUCGUCACACUGCCGGAAACACCAAGCUUGGUGGGUAUCUAUCUGUCCUCCUGGACUCAAAACUGCUGAUGUAUGCAUGGCAGCCAUUUUGUGCCUCAAACAGGAAGUCCUUACCACAUCUGUGUUCUCAGGCAGAGGGGGAGGAGCCGUACGUGUACUGGCCCCACAAGGAGCAGCCAAUCAGCUGUGAGGCGUUCACAGUGACCCUGCGGAGCGAGAACCACGUGUGUCUGGCCAACGAGGAGAUGCUGGUGGUGCAGCACUACGUACUGGAGGCUACACAGGUGAGAUCAGCUGAGGGAGCUCAGUAAAACCAGGGAGAUCAGCUGAGGGAGAUCAGUAAAACCAUCAGUAAAACCAGGGAGAUCAGCUGAGGGAGAUCAGUAAAACCAGGGGGAUCAGCUGAAGGAGAUCAGUAAAACCAGGGUGAUCAGCUGAGGGAGAUAAGUAAAACCAGGGAUAUCAGCUGAGGGAGAUCAGUAAAACCAGGGAGAUCAGUAAAACCAGGGAUAUCAGCUGAGGGAGAUCAGUAAAACCAGGGAGAUCAGCUGAGGGAGAUCUUUAAAACCAGGGAGAUCAGCUGAGGGUGAUCAGUAAAAACAGGGAGCUCAGCUCGAUAAGUAAGAUUAGUCACACUAGCAUGAUCAGCUACAUAGAACAGACUAACUACAUUGGAGAGAGAGGGAGAUCAGCCACAGACUGUGGGACCAGCACAAAAAGAUCAGCCUCAAAGAAUAGACCAGUCGCUAUGGACCAGUCACUAUGGACCAGUCGCUAGUGCUCUUCAAAUGUUAUCACUGUGUCUAUACCCAAACAACCAUUAAACCACUGAAUUGAUACACAGAGGGAAUAUAUAGCAACAAGGAAAUGCUUAUUCCAUGGAGUUGUUCUGCUUAUCUCUUCCUGGAUCUUAGCCCAUGGUGAAACCAAAUGGCCAGUGAAAAGAGUGGACAUAUUUUUUGCACAGUUUAGACUCGACCAUCUGCACAACCAAUCACUGGAACACUUUCAACACACACACACACACACACAGAGACACACACACUUGCACUACAUGACCAAAAGUAUAUGGACACCUGCUCGUCGAACAUCUCAUUCCAAAAUCAUGGGCAUUAAUAUGGAGUUGGUCCCCACUUUGCUGCUAUAACAGCCCCCACUCUUCUGGGAAGGCUUUCCACUAGAUGUUGGAACAUUGCUGCGUGGGCUUCAGCCACGAGCAUUAGCGAGGUCGGGCACUGAUGUUGGGCGAUUAGGCCUGGCUCGCAGUCAGCGUACCAAUUCAUCCCAAAGGUGUUCGAUGGAGUUAAGGUGAGGGCUCUGUGCAGGCCAGUCAAGUUCUUCCACACCGAUCUCGACAAACCAUUUCUGUAUGGACCUUGCUUUGUGCACGGGGGCAUUGUCAUGCUGAAACAGGAAAGAGCCUUCCCCAAACUGUUGCCACAAAGUUGGAAGCACAGAAUCGUCUAGAAUAUAAUUGUAUGUAUGUAUGUAAGAUUUCCCUUCACUGGAACUAAGGGGCCUAGCCCGAACCAUAAAAAACAGCCCCAGACCAUUAUUCCUCCUCCACCAAACUUUACAGCUGGCACUAUGCAUUCGGGCAGGUAGCGUUCUCCUGGCAUCCGUCAAACCCAGAUUUGUCCGUCGGACUGCCAGAUGGUGAAGCGUGAUUCAUCACUCCAGAGAACGUGUUUCAACUGAGUACAAUGGCGGCGAGCUUUACACCACUCCAGCUAGCGCUUGGCAUUGCGCAUUUUAGGCUGCUCGGCCAUGGAAACCCAUUUCAUGAAGCUGCCGAUGAACAGUUCUUGUGCUGACGUUGUUUCCAGAGGCAGUUUGGAACUUGGUAGUGAGUGUUGCAACCGAGGAAAGACGAUUUUUACACACUACGCGCUUCAGCACUCGGCGGUACCGUUCUGUGAGCUUGUGUGGCCUACCACUUCGCGGCUGAGCCGUUGUUGCUCCUAGACGUUUACACUUCACAAUAACAGCACUUACAGUGGACCGGGACAGAUCUAGAAGAAAUUUGACGAACUGACUUGUUGGAAAGGUGGCAUCCUAUGACAAUGCCACGUUGAAAGUCACUGAGCUCUUCAGUAAUUCCUUUCUAUUGCUAAUGUUUGUCUAUGGCGAUUGCAUGGCUGAGUGCUCGAUUUUAUACACCUGUCAGUAACGGGUGUGGCUGAAAUAGCCGAACCCACUAAUUUGAAGGGGUGUCCACACUUUUUUAUAUAUAGUGUACACACACACACACACUCUCUCUCUCUCUCUCUCUCCGAUUGUGUGUUGUUGUCCCCCUCUGGGCCAGGAUGACUAUGUUCUGGAGGUGAGGCACUACCGGGCGCCGCGCUGGCCCAACCCAGACAGCCCCAUCAGCAGCACCUUUGAGCUGCUCAGCCUGGUGAAGGAGGAGAGCUCCUCCAAGGAGGGCCCCACGGUGGUCCACGACCAGUAA